AUGGUUCUUUACAAACGGAAGCCGGUGAUCUUCCUGCCAAGGCCUGUCAUUGAAGAUGACAGCUCCGAGGUCUGGGUCAUUCCGGAGACCAGCGAAGUUUUCACCAGCUACGAAGCCUAUCUCUCGCGAAUGGACUUUUACAAAACACGACGGUUUAUUUGUGAGAUAACUGGUCAUUCGGGGCUGACAUUCUUCGAGGCAUACCGCAGCGAGAUGGACCAGUCUCGAGAGGUCAAUAACAGCUUUCCCGAGGCUUUGAAGGAGCCGAUCUUACGACGAAUCCAAUUCUCCACAGUUUCAAGGGUUGACAAUCUGGUGGACGCAAUUUAUGAUGAAUUCAAAUCAGACUUCUAUCCGGGAGAGCCUGUGCUUAUCCUGCUUAAUGAAGGCACUCGGCUUCAUGGAACGAUCCGGGACAAGGCAAAUUUUGCAGAGUCGCUCAACCCUGAUGGAACUGUCAAAACCAAAGCUUUUGCUCGCUACUUGGUGAAAAUCUCGGAUCGACCUAACGAAGAAGCUCUUUUAGAUCAAGAUCAUGUUACUCGGGACAGGAAGUCAUUCACGAAACUCAUGCUGCGUGGGUUUAUUAAGAACAACGUUACCAGAGAGUCCUGGACUGGCGCCCCCUGGCUCGUCAAACAAUCGGUCGCUGAAGAAUACAAGAUUUCCACCGAGGUUCCCAAGCACUUGCAGUACGGCGCAAAGGUUGCGGAAAAGAAAGCCAUGAAGAAGGCUGAUCAGGAUGGAUUUUUUGGCUUCUUCUCAUCUCAGCAGUUGCCUGAAUUAAAGCCAGCUGUCAAAGGUCCAAGGUCAAAGUCUGCUCAGGAUGCGAAGUCCCGGGAAGCGCAGUAUCAGGAGUACCAGCGGUCUUUGAAUGGUAACCCGUCGUUCCUUAUGCCAUCUAAUGCACCUCGCCCUGCUAAACCCGUGCUGGUCGGAGAUAAGAAAACCGGUUCACCUUCCGUUGUCAUCAAGAACGAACCGCCUUCACCACCGCCACUUAAAUAUCCUAUUGAAGAUUUGGAUCUCGCUGUCCGUGACAGGACCCACCGGCCCACUUUGAAGUUCUUAAUGGUCGAUGAGCCUGAGGACGAUGGCGCCGAGGAUCUGCUUCCUGAUGUGGUGGAACCCGAGUCCGUGGGAUUGCUCUUGGAAACAUGGAAUACUCUGAAUGUCUAUUGUGAGGUUUUCCAGCUGGAUUCGUUUACUUUUGAUGAUUUUUUGCAGGCAAUGCGAUUCUCGUCCGAAGAAAUGGACUGCGAGCUGUUCGUGGAGAUGCACUGUGCGAUCUUGAAGAAACUUGUCAAUUCUGAAGAAGCUGGUGGUGCUGCACAGAUUUCCUUGCCAGAUUUCCCAGCCGAGGAGUCUGAUGAGUCGUCUGACGAGGAGGAAGACGAGGAUGGCGACAAGGAGGACGAAGAGAACGGCGACCAAGACGAGGAUGAGCCGAAGCGGUCUACUCGAAUGACCACCCGUGGCAGUUUGGCCAAAAAGGAAGCCGACGACAUUAAGGUCCAGAUCGACAAAGACGAUGAGCCUGCCGUUGCGCAAGUACACCGGGCAGCAGAGAUGUUUGGCGAUUACGGCUGGAUCGAUCGCCUCCGCCGCCGCGACUUCCGGAAUGGUGGAUGGGAAUUGGUUAUGAUCGGUCUUUUACAUCAAUUGUCUAUUCGCCCUCGCUUUGAGGCAAUUUGCAAUGAUCUUUUGAAACAUCUGGCACCCCUUGACGAGCCGGCUACUCAGGAGACCGCUCGGGCACAAUAUCGCACCCUGGAUAUCAACAUGCGCGUCAAGGCCCUCCAAAUCAUUUGCACCCUGAGCUUGGAGACGAAAGCGAUCCGAAAUUUCAUGGAAGAAUGCAGUAACAACAUGACUGAAUUCCGAAAGGAAAAGAUCGAGCACCAGAAAGCACGCAAAGUAGCAUUGGCUGAACUUCGUUCGCUUCAUCAAGAGCGCAAGGCUCUCCAACCAGAACCCGAAAAAUCACCAUCACCGGUUCCUGAACUUGAUGAAGGGAUGGAAGACUCGAAAAUGACCGGCAUCGAAGGCGAUUCCGAAAUUCCCGUGGACACAGAGGAUGACGAUACACCUCGCCCACGUGGCUUACGCGGCGGUGCUGAUCGUGCACUUGAACGGAAACGAAAGCAAGAGGAAGACCGAGUGCGCAAGGAAGAGCUGGCGAAGCAGCCGAAAGGUACAAAGCAGUACCAGCGAAUCCUCAAGAAGAUCGAAGAUCAAAAAGCCAAGAUCGCUAAGCUACAAGAAGAAAUCGACAUUGUGGACAAUGACCUGCGUGAGGCAGACUGCCCCCGCACGCGGUGUCUCGGGUUGGAUCGCUUCUGCAAUCGAUACUGGUGGUUUGAGCGAAACGCGAUGCCGUAUGAAGGGAUGCCCGGUGGCUCAAGUUCCGAGGCUAAAUACGCCAAUGGUCGCCUGUGGGUUCAAGGACCCGAUGACCUCGAGCGAGCCGGAUUCAUUGAGCUGCCCGAGGAGCAGCGAAAGCAGUACCACCGCGUUUUCCAAACUACCCCAGCCGAGCGAAAGAAACUCGAAGAAGGCCCAACACAUGUCUCUAACGCCCGCGAAUGGGGCUACUACGAAGACCCCGAGGCAAUUGACCAACUCAUCGAAUGGCUAGACCCCCGCGGCAUCCGGGAGUCCAAGCUGCAGAAGGAGCUCCAACUCCAACAGAGCAAGAUCGCCAAGUACAUGAAAAACAGAAAGGAGUACCUCUCCGAUCGCACGGAGCGCGCCGAGUCAGAGGAAAUGCCGACCAAGCGAGUGACUACGCGAACAAAGACAUACGUCGAUGUAAACGACCACCACCUCCGCUGUCUCAAGUGGAAGAAUACCACUGCGCUCUCCGAGAUCGGCCAUCUUCACGUUGAGCCAGAUCGGCCCGCCAAGCGCACCAAGAGGAACACUGAUGAUUUCCGCGAGACCAAAGCCACCCGGGGCAAGGCUGCAGCCACCAAGCCUCUGACACGACAGGGUUCGCGACGCGGUUGA